AUGUCGUCGGAACUUGUAAGAAUUGCUAUCGACCGUGGAGGAACGUUCACAGACGUGUACUGUGCGCAAACGGGGAGACCUGAUAUCGUGCUAAAGCUCCUCUCUGUGGAUCCUCACAACUACCCCGAUGCGCCAGCGGAAGGUAUCCGACUGGUUCUAGAGCUAACGUCCGGUCAAAGCAUACCCAAGGGCUCGAAAUUGAAGCUGGACCGGGUUGAGAGCAUUCGUAUGGGUACGACUGUCGCGACCAAUGCCUUGCUAGAGCGGAAAGGUGCUCGAUGUGCACUUCUGACAACUGAGGGGCACAAGGACGUCCUGCGUAUUGGACAGCAAGCCCGACCCAAUAUCUUUGACCUGUCAGCCAAGAAGCUUUCGUCGCUCUAUGACAAGGUCAUUGAAAUUGCCGAGCGCAUUACUAUUGCCACCUCUACCGAGGACCCAGAGUCAUCUCCGGCCCUUUUCGAAGGCAGCUCCGAUACGUCCAUCGUACGAGGACUUACAGGCGACUUUAUCCGUGUUCUCAAGAAGCCUGACCCGGACAUUAUCAAGACCCAACUACAGUCACUCUGGGAUGAGGGCUUCCGGUCCAUCGCUGUUGCCCUCCUUCAUUCCUAUGUCUAUCCCGAACAUGAGAAUCUCGUCUCCGGUAUCGCAAGGAAGAUGGGCUUUGCCGUUUCCGUGUCCUCUGAACUCCAGCCAAUGAUCAAGAUCGUGUCGCGAGCCAACUCGGCUAUUGCAGACGCGUAUCUCUCUCCUGUAACUCGGGCAUACAUUGAGACAUUCGCCGAGGGUUUUGAGGGCGGGCUUGAUACGCUUGGAAACAAACUCUUGUUCAUGCAGAGUGACGGCGGUCUUUGUAGCUGGAGAAACUUCUCAGGCCUUCGUGCUGUACUUUCUGGCCCUGCUGGAGGUGUCAUCGGGUAUUCCAAGACAUGCUACGAUGCAAAUGAUGGUACCCCGCUGGUAUCAGUGGACAUGGGCGGCACCUCCACCGAUGUUUCGCGAUAUAAUGGUCAUCUCGAGCACGUCUUUGAAACAGCUACGGCAGAGGUUAUCAUCCAAGCUCCGCAACUCGACAUCAACACUGUCGCCGCAGGCGGUGGUUCUCGCUUGUUUUGGGAGAAUGGAAUGUUUGUCGUUGGCCCGGAGAGUGCUGGGGCCCAUCCUGGCCCCGCAUGUUACCGCAAAGGUGGUCCAUUAGCCGUCACCGACGCUAAUCUGCUUCUAGGCAGGCUUCUCCCCGAACAUUUCCCCAAGAUAUUUGGACCCAAUGAAGAUGAAGCCUUAGACAUGGAUAUUACUCGUCGACAUUUUGAGGAAUUGACUGCCAGGAUAAGCACUGAGAAAGGAAUCAAAAUGACUCCCGAAGAAGUUGCUUCUGGUUUCCUCCGUGUGGCAAACGAAGCCAUGAGUAGACCUAUUCGAACGCUGACUGAAGCCCGAGGCUUCGAAAGUGCUAGUCAUAACCUCGUCAUAUUCGGUGGUGCAGGAGGACAACAUGGCACUGCCAUUGCUUCCAUCCUCGGCAUCACUCGUAUCCUCGUCGCUCGCUUUUCCUCUAUUCUCUCUGCCUAUGGUAUGGCAUUGGCAGAUGUGGUUGUCGAAGAACAAGAACCCGCCUCUGAUGUUCUCGACUCGCGCACUGACACAGACAACUCCGCUGUGUAUGCCUCGCUCCGCGUACGAGCAGAUACGCUCAUCAACCGUGCUCGGUCAUCCCUUAUUACUCAAGGCUUUCCGUCUGCACAAAUAUCUACUGAGCUCAUGUACAACUGCCGCUUCCAAGGAACAAGCACGUCCCUGAUGGUACGCGAGCCGGCAGACGGGGAUUUUGUCGGUAGCUUCGUCCGGCAGCACGAACAACUCUUUGGAUUCACACUACAAAAUCGAAGCGUGCAUGUUGACGAUGUGCGUGUGAGGGCUGUCGCUAAGAGCGAUGGAACCGAACAGGAGAGUCCAUAUGCCGAGUUAGCGAAGUCUACACUAAUGGAGGCGAAGGGACUGCUCGAGAGAUGCCAGAGAAAGAAGGUGUAUUUCGAUGGGCUGGGAUGGGCAGACACUGCCGUUGUGCCGCUGGAGGAACUAUCUCCCGGCGACCAAAUUCCAGCUCCAGCAAUCAUCUUCGAUGCGACUCAGACAAUUGUUAUUGAACCUGGAUACUUGGCGACAGCUACUUCGAAGCACAUCAUCAUUGACCGUGCAGGACUGCCUGCGCCCAAGCUGGUUUUAGAUAUCAACCAAAUCGAUCCUAUCCAGUUAUCCGUGUUCGGGCAUAGAUUUAUGGGUAUUGCAGAACAGAUGGGGACGAUUCUUAAGCAGACUUCCAUCUCGACUAACAUCAAGGAGCGUUUAGAUUUUUCUUGUGCUCUCUUUUCACCUGACGGCUUACUCGUAGCAAACGCGCCUCAUAUACCUUGUCAUCUCGGUGCCAUGAGUGCGGCCGUUCGCUUCCAAGCCGAGUUGCACAAAGGACAGCUCCAAGACGGCGACGUUCUAGUCUCAAACCAUCCAGAUGCAGGAGGUUCCCAUCUACCUGAUAUUACCGUAAUGACCCCUGCGUUCCACAACGGGGAAAUCAUCUUCUGGACAGCCUCGCGUGCACAUCAUGCCGAUAUUGGCGGCAUCCGUGCCGGCUCAAUGCCUCCCUUCUCCAAGACGAUCUGGCAAGAAGGAGCGCAGAUCUUGAGUUUUAAGCUAGUGAAACAGGGAGUGUUCGACGAGGAGGGCGUUGUUGAUAUUAUGUACAACCAGCCUUCCAAGUUCCCUGGCUGCUCUGGAACGCGAACGUUGAAAGAUAACAUCUCAGACAUGAAGGCCCAGAUCUCGGCCAAUCACCGUGGCGCUACGUUAAUCCGGGCUCUGGUCGACGAGUUUUCAUUGCAAGUUGUGCAGUUCUACAUGUUUGCAAUCCAAAAGACUGCAGAGUCUGCUGUGCGUGACCUGUUGCGUUUCGUGGACACCAAAUUUGGCGGGAAGUCGUUGCAAGCUAUCGAUUACAUGGAUAGCGGAGAGCAAUUGCAGCUUAAGAUUGACAUCGAUGCCCAAUUGGGUGAAGCCGUGUUUGAUUUUACGGGAACAAGCCCGCAGUCAUAUUCGAAUCUGAAUGCACCAACGGCUAUCGUAUACAGCGCCAUCAUCUAUGUGCUUCGCUCCCUGAUUCCUACCGCUAUCCCACUAAAUCAUGGAUGCUUGGCCCCAAUCAAAGUAAUUGUCCCACCCCAUUCAAUCCUUUCUCCCGGACCAGGCGCUGCAACGGUGGCGGGUAACGUUGAGACGUCACAGCGUAUAACCGAUGUAGUGUUGAAAGCUUUCGAAGCUUGUGGCGCUUCCCAAGGUUCCUGUAACAAUCUUACGUUCGGAUACGGGACCGAGACGAAAGGCUUUGGCUAUUAUGAGGGGGUUCCGGGGCGGGUUCAACUUAGGAGGGACAAAGCGGGUAUUGUUCAUGUUCAUAUGACGAACACUUGUAUUGGUGAUCCGGAAAACAUUGAACGUAAAUACCCCGUCAUUGUACGCGAAUUCAGUAUUCGUACAGGGUCAGGAGGUUUCGGUCGACACUCGGGCGGUGAUGGAUGCGUGCGCGAGAUUGAAUUCACCCGUGAACUAGACGUCGCCAUUCUAUCUGAGCGGCGGUCCAUCGCGCCUUACGGAAUGCGUGGCGGAUCACCCGGGCAGACUGGGCAAAACUUCUGGUUAAGGAGGGAAGCUGAUGGGUCAGUCACAACCAUUGCCCUUGGAGGAAAGAAUGAGUGUCCAAUGAAGCCUGGGGAUAGGAUUCGUAUCGAAACUGCCGGUGGAGGUGGAUAUGGUGUUCCUGGAUCCGAGGACGAGGAGGCAAGUCAGCUGUAUGGAGCUUUCAACCGUGUUGCACCUCCGACAAGAGCAAACGGGAGUCUUUCACAAAUGAGGGAGACGACAGACACCAAUUGAAGUUCUCAAUAGAAUCAUAUGUAAUAAAUACCCGUGAUAUAACAUAAAGCACGUCUUUCUCUGCUGUAAUAUCGGCCUCUACGGCGCGCUCGUUGGCAUCGGAG